GACUUCCAGGGCUCGGCCAUCCCCUGCGCCAUGCAGAAGCUGGUGGUGACCCGGCUGAGCCCCAACUUCCGCGAGGCCGUCACCCUGCGCUGGGACUGCCCGGUGCCACUCCCCGGGGACGGAGACCUCCUCGUCCGGAACCGGUGAGCCCGGCGCGCGCCCCCCGCCCCGGCUCCGGCCCGGGCCCCGGCCCCGGCCAGCGCUGCGCAGCCCCCGGGCUGUCCCGCGCCCGCCUGCGUCCCCACACCCGGCGCGCGCUCGGGCGCACAGCCUGACUUUGCGAGAUCCCGGGAAGUUGAACCCGCCGCCAUCUGGCGAAGGCGAAUGUAAUGUGACUGUUGCUGGUGUGAAUAUCCGAUGGCACCGAACGUCCUCAAAACUGAGGGUUAUUUUAAUUUGGGAUUCCCCUCCCCUCCCCCAGCCCUCCCUCCUCCCCCUCCCGCUCCCGAAAUAAAACCGACGGGACCCAGAAGGGGAGGCUCCCCGCCCUGCCCACCCGCGCGCACCCACGGCUCCUGCGUUCGCAUAAUCUUUAGGGUGGAGCGGGAACAGCCUGGACACAAACUGCGACAUUUAGAUUUGUUGGUGUUAAUGCAUCUGACAUAAACUAUUCAGCCGGCCGCUAUGACCCUUCCGUCAAGACCCCGUUUGACGCAGGUUUCGAAGGUGUAGGCGAGGUGGUGGCCUUGGGCCUCUCCGCCAGUGCCACAUUCACAGUUGGCCAGGCUGUGGCUUACAUGGCACCUGGCUCUUUUGCCGAGUACACAGUGGUGCCCGCCAGCACGGCCAUUCCCGUGCCGGCCGUGAAACCCGAGUACCUCACCCUCCUGGUGAGUGGUACCACGGCCUACAUCAGCCUGAAAGAGCUUGGAGAGCUAUCAGAAGGGAGGAAAGUUCUGGUGACCGCAGCAGCUGGGGGGACCGGCCAGUUUGCCGUCCAGCUUGCAAAGAAGGCCGAGUGCCAUGUAAUUGGAACUUGCUCUUCUGAUGAAAAGUCUGCCUUUCUGAAAUCUCUUGGCUGUGAUCGUCCCAUCAACUAUAACGGCGAGCACGUGGGUGCUGUCCUGAAGCAGGAGUACCCGCGAGGCGUGGACGUGGUGUAUGAAUCCGUCGGGGGAGCCAUGUUUGACUUGGCUGUGGACGCCUUGGCUACCAAAGGGCGCCUGAUAGUGAUUGGGUUUGUCUCUGGCUACCAGACUCCUACUGGCCUGUCCCCUGUGAAAGCAGUAACGCUACCAGCCAAACUGCUGAAGAAAUCCGCCAGCGUCCAGGGCUUCUUCUUGAACCAUUACCUUUCUAAGUAUCGAGCCGCCAUGGACCACUUGCUUAAGAUGUAUGCGAGUGGAGAGCUGGUUUGUAAGGUCGACCUUGGAGAUCUGUCUGCAGAGGGCAGGUUUACCGGCCUGGAGUCUGUCUUCCGGGCUGUCGAUUAUAUGUACAUGAGAAAAAACACUGGAAAAAUUGUUGUUGAAUUACCUCACUCUGUCCACAGUAAGCUGUAAAAACAGAACAAUGGCAUAAAUAAAAGGACAAAGAAAAUGGACAUUUUAUGCCCCAGAAUUACUCAAAUCAAUUUAUUUUUAGUUAGUAACGGAGAUAAUAUUUUUUAAAACAAAAGUAAGUUCUAAUGAAUAGAUUUCUCUUUCUCUUUUCUUUAUUUCUGUUCUUUUUUUUUUUUUUUUGCUCCUCCAUUGCAAAAAAAAAAAAAAAAAUGUGCUAAUAAAACUUCCCUCAAUGGCACAGAGGUAAAACCUUUACAUUCAAUUCUUUACUCAUGGACGGUCUCAUUCCAGAUUUUAUUGUCCCAGGGAACUAAAUUAAUUCCUGAUGCAAGAUCUGAUCAAAUCAGUAUGUCUUCAGCUUGAUGAGAUUUUAAAAUUGGUCUUGAAAAUAGUUCAUGAGUUCUUUGCUUUGGAAGAGUCUGGUCUGAUGCUAGUAAGUUGUUAAUAAAUGAGAGAUACAGCAAAAGUCAGCCGUUUCUCAGAGUCCAUAUUCUCAGGAAAUGGUCCUCCUUUUUCUAUAAAUCACCAGCCAACUAUCUAAAUAGAAAUAUGGAGGGAUUCUCCCAAAACUUUGACUUUGUUAGAUUAUUAGAAAAAAAAUUAAGUGAGCACAGACCUCUUUUAAAGAAGCAUCUCUCAUUUAAUGGCUUUUAUGCGCAGUCAUCCCGGUGAGGCACGUGUAGGAUGGAAAAUUUCUCUCUUCCCUUAAGAAGAAAAUUAGUGUUGAAAACGUAUAUAGACAAAAAGCAGGUUUGCGAAAGGGAAACUAUAGAGAUUCAGGGGACUUUAAAAAUUUACUACAGGCACGGGAAAGGGAAAAGGACGUGCUCCAUCCACAGUGAGGGUCUACAUGACAAAACACGGGCCAUACAGGGGAAAGCACUGUAGGUACCUAACAGCACCCUUCAUAAGCCUACGUAGGGUACGUCAAAUAGCAUCGUGCAAAGUAGGCACCAAAAUGAUCUAAAAUGCUCGUGCUUCGUGUUAGAGACUUUGGGAAGGUGUGUUUUAUCUCUGAUCGUGGAAAUAGUACAGCAACCACUGAUGCUCUGUUCCCAUUUUACUUCUCCACGUGUCCUGGUGGAAUGAGACGCUUCUUGUCACUAUCGCCUGAUGUCACAGACACGGAAGUAACGAGUCCCGCGCCUUCCCCUCUGAAUCAAGCCUGCCGCUGAUCCGCCUUCAUUCUAACCUUCAGCUCACCAAAGGCUGCUCCGGUUUUCAUCAUUAAGGUGGGAAUGCCGUCGUGCCUUUCUAAUGAAGGCAGAGCCCGCCAGAGUAUUUUUCAAAGCCUUGGGUUUCGGCGUCUCUAACAUGCUAAAUAAAUAGACAAGCAAUUAAAGAUGCUCCAGGAAACUUG